GGAAGUCUUAGCCGGACUCAGAACAUAGUAGCACCGGCUGAAUCCAUGUGAGUGAAGACAAGCAAUGAGGCGGCUGUACGUGGGCGGCUUGAGCCACACGGUGACCCAGAAGGAUCUGAAGGAUCGGUUUGGAAAGUUUGGGGAGGUGAAAGAUGUGGAGCUGCGGACCAGGAUGGGCGAGGACGAUGUUCCUUAUAAAACCUUCGGCUACAUCAACAUCAACAUUUCAGACGCUGAUCUGAAGAAAUGUCUGACGGUUCUUAACAAAUCCAAGUGGAAAGGAGGAACUCUGCAGAUUGAAGCAGCCAAAGAGAGUUUCCUGCACAGGUUGGCUCAGGAGCGGCAGGAAGCAGCAGAGCAGCGUCUCCAUCCUUCUGCAGCUGAAAACAAGGAGCAGAAGCUUUUGGACUCGCUGAGCAAAGCAGGAGUGGAAAACUUCACCAUGAAGGCUGCGGUACCGGGGACCGAAGUCCCGGGACACAAGGACUGGGUCGUCAGUAAAUUUGGUCGAGUCCUUCCUGUCCUGCAGCUCAGUUGUCAGAAAGGCACCAAGGCUCGAACCUCGAAGUACGACCCGUCAAAGUACUGCCACAACAUCCGCAGGCUGGAUCGGAACACUUCAGACGAGUUCACACCUGUGACCCAGCUCACCUGGGAGGUCCAGGGAGGGGAUGAUGACAUUAGUAAGAAGAGGCGGGGGGAGUUCCCCCCCUUCGAGCUGCCCAGACCCAAGAAGAAUCGAACAGAUGCAGUAAAACUCUGUGAUGUUUUGAACAGAAAAAGAUUUGAGCAGCCCGUUAGUUCUGCCGAUCACGCUGAAGUCCAUCGGCUCGCCAACGAAUCAGAACCUCCGGCCAGUCACAGACCAGCUCCGUGGAAGAGAAGACGUUUUUCAGACAGCGACUCAGAUGAAGAGAUCCGCAGGCUGGUGGCAGAUCAGCAGACCUCCCAUAAUGCACUGCAGCAGGAAGUGGAGGACGAUAACGUGGAGGUGGUGGGAACCGACUACUUGGUCAAAUCAGAACACAAAGGUGAUGAAGAUGAGGAUGACUACGACUCCGCCGACACGGAUGAACUGUUUGCAUCCAGAAGAAAUCCUCGGGAGGAACUUUCAGCCCGAGCGGUCGGUCUCAUUUCAGAAAACUCCACAGACGAGAAGACGGAGAUGAAGAGGAGAAAUAAAUCUGCCGAGGAAGAGGAAGGAGGAAACAUACUCCUCACCUCCUGCAGACCUUCAUCUCCGCAGCAGGAGGUGAAACGAUCUGCAGUCCUCCCUGUGCCAAAGCCCUCAGAGUCAGAUGGUGAUGAAGAGGAGGCUGAAGCAUCUUCCUCGUCUUUAGAUUCUGACUAUGAAGCCAUGUUUUCUAACACCACCCGUCUGGAGAUCUCCAUGGCUGAUUUACAGAAGCUGGCUGAGACUGCAUCUCCCACAAUCCUCGGCUCCGGCUCUGAACGAGACAUCGCUUUGAGCCCCGCAGAGCGAGCACCGCCCAAGAAAGGAACCACACCUGAGGAGAUCCUGGCCUCCAUCCUGGGGGAAGACAGCAGCGAGGACCAGGAGCAGCAGAAGAAGAAAAAGAGGAGGAAGAGGAGAGGAGUCACGUCAACGCCACUGCCCGCCUUCAUGGGAACUAAAUCACUGAUGGAAACCUCAGGAGGAGACGAGGAAGAGGAGGGAGGAGGGAGGGAUGUAAAACAACAGGAGCUGAACUCUGAGUCCAAACAGUCAUCGGAAGAGGAGGAGGAGGUGAAGAACACUGCUUCACCUAAAGCUGCCAAAACUGAUCUUCCUGAAGAGGAGGAGGAAGAGCCCCAUCAGACUGUUUUCAACACUAAAUCUGCAGCAGAGGAUCAACCUUCAUCCAACAGCUGCUCUGAGGAAGAGGAGGUGCAGAUCAGUCCUGCAGCUCACAGCGAGGAGGAAGAGGAGGUGCAGAUCAGUCCUGCUCACACUGCUGCUCACAGCGAGUCCUCGACCAGCGAGGAGGAAGAGGAGGAGGAGCGCGCUCCUCCCCGGCUGGUGUUAGGAGCUGAGGAGGAGGAGGAGCUGCAGAGGAAGGCCAACAUGAGGAGGCUGGCUGCUCUCCAGCAGAGACAGAAAGAAGUCGAAGAACACAGGAAGCUGAUCCAGGGCGCUCUGUCCAACAUGGACACGCCAGCUCCGAGCGCAGGGAAACACAUCGUCUUCGGUUCUGAUGAGGAGGAGGAGGAGGUUUCAAAGACGAGCCUGUUCCAGGACAGCCAAUCAGAGGAGGAGGGGGGCGGAGCCACAGCCAAUCAGCAGGCCCGGCUGAAACCUUCAGGUCCUCGGCUGUUUGCCGACGAUGAGGCUGACGAGGGAGGUGAUGAAGAGGAGGAGGGCAGCAGGUUUGACAUCAGGCCUGAGUUUGAAGGUCGAGCAGGACAGAAGCUGAUGGAGCUGCAGUCUCGCUUCGGGACCGACAAGCGGUUCCGGAUGGAUUCCCGUUUUCUGGAAGAUGAAGAGGAGCAGGAGGAGGAGGAGGAGGAGCAGACAGGUGUUUGUGUUUCAGGAGUGAGGAAGAUGAAGGAUGACGAGGACCUGGAGGAGGAGAGGAAGAAGAAUCUGUCCAUCCUGCAGAGCGUCCUCGGAAGCAGCCGACAGACCAGCAGCAAGACGGAGAGCAAAGCUAAAAGAUUCAGAGAUGUGUCGGCGCUGCACUACGACCCGAGCAGAGAGGAACACGCUGCAUUUGAGACCAAAGCUGAAGAACCCAAAAAGGAGAGUAAAUCAGCGAGGAGGAAGAAGAGGGAGGAGGCUCAGAAGCUUCCUGAAGUUUCUAAAGAGAUUUACUUCGAUGUGUCCACGGACCUGAAGACCGUGUUCGGCCCGAUGAAGGACGACAGCGCUGAAGGAGAGAAGCCAAAGUGGGACCAGCUGGAGGAGGAAGAGGAGGAGGGAGGAGGGGAGGAAGAGCAGCUCCUCUCAGCUGAUCGCAGCAACGAGGAGUCGUCUGGAUUUAAGUUUUCCUUCUUCGGAGACGACGCAGAGACAGGAAGUGGACAGACGACUGAGUACAAGGCCGAGACGAUCCAGGCUCAGAAGGUCUCCUGGCAUCAAGACCCUCGUUUCCUUGACAGCAGCUCCGAGGAGGAAGAGGAGGAGCAGGAGGAAGAGGAGGAGAGCAGCGUCGCAGUCAAAGCUACAGAAAAGGAAACUCCAUCACAUCCAGACUUCUUCUUCUUCUCCCCUGGUGACAUCAGACUGACAGAAGGUCCCGGUUUGUUCUGCAGGACGUGUGAGCUGGAGGAGCAGAGGGAGCAGUGGGAGGAGAGCAGGAGCGCGCUCAGGGAGGAUUAUCGCAAGAAGCACAGAGACGCCCGGAAGAAGCUGAGGGCCUCCCAGAAGAGUUGAGAAUUAUGGGAAAUGUAGUCUUUAAUUUAUUUUCAGGUCCUAAUUGAUUUGACAGAUAAUUAGAACUUUUCUAAAGUGAAAAGUGAAGUCAAGUGAAAGUUUAAUCCUUAUUUUGUUUAUUUACAUAGAUGUUUAGGAUCAAAGAUUCUUUAGUUUUAUUCAUUUUGUUGUUUUUUUUUAUCUUAAAACGAUGAGCAGAAUGACCUGCAGCAAUAUGUGACAGCUACAAACAAACCAACCAGCUGUAAAAGAA